GGGGAGAAAAUACUGCUAUGACGGUGUCAUUUCUCUCCAUUACCUGUGUGUAAGCUGCACACACACACACAUGUAUAGCUACUGGAACUCCGUUGGGAGUUGCCUGCAUGGGGGAUAAGGCCCUAUCUAGGACACAAAGAUGGAGUUUGCACCCAAUUUGUCUCACGUCUAACACACAAACACACACACCUGGAGUCUCGUGUUUGAAGCGAGGGAUGAAAGAACGAACGGAGAGGAGACACUAAACAUCAGACAAACACCAAGGCAGGGCGGAAGAAGAUGUUCAAAGGGUGCUGAGGGGACGGAGGUUUGACACCUCCACCCAUUCCCAUCCCUGGAGCUCCAUCCGAUCUGACCCCUCCCUUCAAACAGGCAGUACUAAGACAGACGAGUUCCUCUGAGACGCCUACAAAGUGUUCUACAAAGAGCCCUACAGUCGCCACCAUGAGCUGUAGGCCAGAGGAAACACCCCAGCUCUAGCCUCUAUCUUUUUCUGUGUGUGUGUGAGUGUGAGAGCGAGUGUGUGCAUGAGUGUAAUGGCGGUUUGCGUUUGGGCGGCAGCCCCGCUGCUCUUCUUGGGGCUGUGCCUAUGCAGCGUAGGGGGCCAGGCCCAAGGAGAGGUCCUGGAGUUUGGGGGUGUAUCCAGCCAGUGGGGGCGGUUUCCCGUGUGGAAUGCCUGCUGCGAGAGUGUGCUGAGUUUCAGUCUGCGGACUCACAGCCAGGAGGGCCUGCUGCUCUACCUGGAUGAUGAGGGUUUCUGUGACUUCCUGGAGCUGCUGCUUCUCCACGGCCACCUCCGCCUCCGCUUCUCCAUCUUCUGUGCUGAGCCAGCUGAGCUGCAGUCAGGCGUGGCAGUGAGCGAUGGACGAUGGCACGCGGUGCGUGUCAAGCGGGACUGGAGAAACACCUCGCUGGAGGUGGACGGGCGACUGGAGGGAUGGGCAGAAGUAAAGAGUAAGAGAAGAGACAUGACAGUAUUUAGUCACACAUACAUAGGUGGGUUGUCGUCGGAGCUCCACUCUUCGCCUCUACGCCUCACCUCCCCCUCGGUGCGGGAACACGCCGCCUUCCGUGGCUGGAUCACGUCGGUGAGCAUCAAUGGCUCGGUGGUGAUGCUGGACGGCUCAGAGGGCAUCACAGUAACAGCUGGCUGUGGGACAGACCACCAGUGCCAGAAUGGAGGGGUGUGCAGCGUGGUCAACGACCGGGCCGUCUGCGACUGCUCCGACACCGGCUACCAAGGCAAUGACUGCAGCGAAGAGCACAGCUACACUCCAGGUCUUGCACACCUGAUGAUUGGCGACCAAGCUCGCGAGGAGUAUGUUGCAACCUUCAAGGGCUCUGAGUACUUCUGCUACGACUUGUCGCCCAACCCCAUCCAAUCUAGUAGUGACGAAAUCACGCUGUCCUUCAAGACCCUGCAGCGCAACGGCCUGAUGCUGCACACGGGCAAGUCAGCCGACUACGUGAACCUGGCACUAAAGAACGGUGCCGUGUCCCUAGUAAUUAAUCUUGGCUCCGGGGCCUUCGAAGCCUUGGUGGAGCCGGUCAACGGCAAGUUCAACGACAACGCCUGGCACGACGUCAAAGUCACCCGCAACCUGAGACAGCACUCAGGCAUUGGACACGCUAUGGUGACGAUCUCUGUGGAUGGAAUCCUGACCACAACGGGCUACACACAGGAGGACUACACCAUGCUGGGCUCUGAUGACUUCUUCUACGUGGGAGGGAGCCCCAGCACUGCUGACCUACCUGGCUCACCUGUCAGCAACAACUUCAUGGGCUGUCUUAAAGAGGUGGUCUACAAGAACAAUGACGUACGGUUGGAGCUGUCUAGACUGGCCAAACAGGGAGACCCAAAGAUGAAGGUUAGCGGAGUUGUGUCCUUUAAGUGCGAGAGUGUAGCAACGCUGGACCCAGUGACCUUUGACACCCCAGAGUCAUAUGUAGCGCUAAGCAAGUGGACGGCAAAGAAGGCAGGAUCCAUCUCGUUUGACUUCAGGACCACAGAGCCAAACGGACUGAUGCUCUUCAGCCACGGCAAACCCAGACAACUGCAACGCAAAGACCCACGCACGCCUCCCACUGUCAAGGUGGAUUUUUUUGCCAUUGAAAUGUUGGAUGGUCACCUGUACCUGCUGCUGGACAUGGGCUCAGGAACCACUAAGACCAAGGCCAUUGACAGAAAGGUCAAUGACGGUGAAUGGUACCAUGUUGACUUCCAGAGAGACGGACGCUCAGGAACCAUCUCGGUGAACAGUGUGAGGACAGCGUACACGGCCCCGGGAGACAGCGAGAUCCUGGACCUGGAUGACACCUUGUACCUUGGAGGACUUCCUGAGGACCGUGCAGGCCUCAUCUUCCCUACGGAGGUAUGGACGGCUCUGUUGAACUACGGCUACGUCGGCUGUAUCAGAGACCUUUUUGUGGACGGCCAGAGCAAAGACAUCCGGCGGUUAGCUGAGGCCCAGAGGGCGGUCGGGGUAAAGCCCUCGUGCUCCAGAGAGCCGCCCAAACAGUGCCUGUCCAACCCCUGCCAGCACAACGGCGUCUGCAGGGAGGGCUGGAAUCGUUACGUCUGUGACUGCUCCGGGACCGGCUACCUGGGGCGCUCCUGUGAGAGAGAUGCAACCAUCCUCUCUUAUGAUGGGAGUAAGUUUAUGAAGGUGCAGUUGCCUGUGGCGAUGCACACCGAGGCGGAGGACGUCUCGCUACGCUUUCGCUCCCAGCGGGCCUACGGCGUUCUCAUGGCAACCACUUCCCGUAACUCCGCAGACACCCUUCGUCUGGAGCUGGAUGGGGGCCGCGUCCGACUCACUGUAAACCUAGCUACCUCCAUUACAUCUCUGACCUGGGCAACGGUGCACACUUGAUCAAGGGCAACUCGAACAGUCCUCUUAACGACAACCACUGGCAUAACGUGCACAUUUCAAGAGACACCAACAACCUACACACAGUCAAGAUUGAUACCAAAGUUACCACGCAGACCACAAUGGGUGCCAAGAACCUGGACUUAAAGGGUGACCUGUACAUCGGGGGUGUUACCAAAGAGAUGUACCGAGAACUGCCCAAGUUGGUCCACUCCCGUGAGGGAUUUCAGGGUUGUCUGGCAACAGUUGAUCUGAAUGGCCGACUCCCGGAUCUUUUGGCUGAUGCCUUGGCAACGAUGGGCCAAGUGGAGAGAGGUUGUGAAGGUCCCAGCACUACAUGCCAGGAGGACUCCUGCUCAAAUCAGGGCGUUUGUUUGCAGCAGUGGGAGGGCUUUACCUGUGACUGCAGCAUGACUUCAUACGCUGGGCCGCUGUGCAACGAUGCUGGGACCACUUAUAUAUUUGGUCGUGAUGGAGGAUUGGUGGUUUAUACGUGGCCCCCCAAUGAACGUCCGAGCACCAGGGCAGACCGACUCGCACUCGGCUUCAGCACCCAACAGAAACAUGCCAUCCUGCUUCGAGUCGACAGUGCGUCUGGUCUUGGAGACUACCUUCAGCUCCAAGUUGACAAGGGCAACAUUAGAGUGGUAUUCAAUGUUGGCACCGACGAUAUCAACAUCGAGGAAAGCUCCAAGUUUGUCAAUGAUGGGAAGUACCACAUAGUUCGGUUCACCCGAAGUGGUGGCAAUGCAACUCUCCAACUGGACGACCUGCCAGUCAUAGAGCGGUACCCCUCAGGCAACAAUGAUAACGAGCGCCUGGCCCUCGCCAGACAGCGAAUCCCCUAUCGGCUCGGUCGAGUAGUUGACGAAUGGCUACUCGACAAAGGCCGCCAGCUCACCAUUUUCAACAGCCAGACGACGGUGCGUGUUGGCGGAGGCGAAGACGGUGCACCCAUGUUCCAGGGGCAGCUGUCUGGCCUUUAUUACAACGGCCUCCGCAUCCUCAACAUGGCUGCUGAGGGCCACCCGCACAUCAGAGUAGAGGGCAGCGCGCGGCUGGUCGGCGACAUGCCGUCCUCCUCCAUCACCCCGCAGUCCAGCGCUGCAGCCGGUGGCAACCGUUCAGGCUCCUCCCCCUCCAUUAGUGACAUCACAACCACUACAGCCACGAACAGGAAGCCAGGCGGGACGCCACAGUCGGUGGACGACCUGCUAGUGGCGUCAGCUGAAUGUUCAAGCGACGAUGAAGACAUUGAACCCUGUGACCUCAGCUCAGCUGGUCCUCCUCUGCCAGAAAUCAAGGUGUUCCCGGGUCCGUCCGAAGUGGUGCGGGAGAGCAGUAGCACAACAGGCAUGGUGGUGGGCAUCGUGGCAGCCGCCGCCCUCUGCAUCCUCAUCCUCCUCUAUGCCAUGUACAAGUAUCGCAACCGCGACGAAGGCUCCUACCACGUGGACGAGAGCCGCAACUACAUCAGCAACUCAGCCACGCAGCCCAACGGCAGCACCAAGGACAAGCCGCUGGGCAUCGCCAAGAUCUCUAAAAACAAAAAGAACAAAGACAAGGAGUAUUAUGUCUGAGACGCAAUGUCCCCGAGACACAGACACUUACACCUUUAUAUAUAACGCUAUAUGUACAUAAAUAGAUAUAUUCUCCAAGAAAAAAAAUGUCAUACACAGGAACAUAGACUUGAUGAUUUUAAUGUUUACUCCCCAACGUUCACACUUGCACACAGACAUACACUAAGCAGCCCACACGCACACAUUUAAACAUACACACAGACACGCCUGGAGGCCCCGGCCCUUACUGUGUACAGUAUUUACCAAUGAGCAAAGCCUCUAUCAGAGGCUUGUUUUAUGAGCAUAAACACCAUUCCAAAUGAGUUAGAAAGCACCAGUUCAUCUCCCAGCUACAAACCAUUUUGGGGCCAGACCACACACUUCUCUGCCAGCCGGACCUCUGGAAUGAGCGAGGCCGAGGAAGACUUUGAGUGAAGCACAUGGCAGAUUGAGUGGGCUGAGUGAGAGGCGGCACACAAGAACAAAGAGGAUGUAAAAGCACUAAGUGUCUCUUCCAAGCUUCUUGGCCUUCCUCCCUGUUAGCAGAUGGGACUCGACAAAGCACAGAGGAUGCUGAGGAGACGAGCACACAAGUGGUUUGAGCCUAGCCUCGAGGAACAGGACAGGAAUUCAAUGUGUAGCCAUAAAGACAGUGAGUUACGAGUAAAACGGGCAAAGACGGAGCCGGUGUUAGUCAAUGUAACGGAUGAGAUGUGGUUGUUACACCGCAGAGCUGAUGUCUUUAACGGCGCCCUGUAAAUCACAAAGGUGGAAUCAGACUGAGAGGUGUUUUUUUUCCUGGACAAGAUACUUGAGACUUCAGAUGCUACCUACAGACACCAGUCGUGCAUGAUUGCAGUGUCGCACACACAAACGUAUACAAACACAUACAGAGUUAAAUUUAAAGAUCCACAAUACCUGUGUGACUGACUCUGAAGACCAUCAGAGAAGAUGGAGGUGAAAGUGACCACUAUGAUAAUUGUUAUGACAAUGAUAAUGAUGAAUAUCGGGCAGUACAGACU